AUGGACGUGGCAGCGGUGGAAGAGCAAAGCAGUAUCCAGGAGAAUGGACUCUGGCACAGCAAGGCCAAAGCCACACGCCACACUGACCGCUCCAGUCUGAAGAUGUUCCUUGUGGCUCUGUCUUUUGCCUAUUUUGCAAAAGCCCUGUCGGGAAGCUACAUGAAGAGCACAAUAACGCAGCUGGAGAGGCGCUUCGAUAUCCCCAGUUACCUGAUAGGUGUCAUUGACGGGAGCUUUGAGAUUGGUAACUUGCUUGUGAUAGCAUUUGUCAGUUACUUUGGUGCUAAACUCCACCGGCCGAAGAUCAUUGCAAUGGGCUGUGUGCUCAUGUCCUUUGGCACCUUCAUCAUCGCACUGCCACACUUCAUCAUCGGCCGUUAUGAGUUUGAGACGUCGGUGCGGUGGCUGGCCAACUCCACGCACAACCCUGCCCCCUGUCCUGUGCGCGCACUCUCGGCAGACACAGCCCAGGACAGGCCAGCAGCUGAUGUGCUCAAUAAAGACUGUGAAGGAGAGUCCAACCUAUCUAUGUGGAUCUAUGUGCUGCUGGGAAAUGUACUGCGAGGAAUUGGAGAGACACCCAUCCAGCCUCUGGGCAUCUCAUACAUAGAUGACUUUACCAGUGAGGAGAAUGCAGCGUUGUAUGUUGGCUGCGUGCAAACCAUUUCAGUGGUUGGUCCUGUCUUUGGAUACCUGCUAGGCUCUCUCUGCGCCAAAAUCUAUGUGGAUAUUGGAUUUGUAAAAAUGGAGAGCAUUACCAUCACUCCGGCAGACGCUCGCUGGGUGGGGGCCUGGUGGCUGGGAUACCUCAUAGCAGGAGUCAUCACCCUCCUAUCUGCCAUCCCCUUCUGGUUCUUACCCCGCUCUCAGCCUGUGUCAGACCCCCAGAAUGGAGAGCGGGGACCCCCAGAACAAAGCAGCUUCAUUAAGAAGUCACUUUUUCCUAAGCACAAAUAUCAAGCCGACGAAAAGACUAGUUUUGUCGAAAUGGCCAAAGACUUUAUUCCGACCCUUCGCACGCUGCUGGGACACCCCUUCUAUCUGAUUUAUCUGUGUGUGACAAUCAUUCAACUCAACUCUCUCAUUGGCAUGGUCACCUACAAGCCCAAGUACAUCGAGCAGCAUUUUAGGCAGUCUGCUUCAAAGGCCAACUUUCUCAUGGGCAUGAUCAACAUCCCUGCUGUGGCUCUGGGCAUGUUCUCCGGAGGUUUGCUAAUGAAGAGGCUGAAGCUGAACAUCAUGGGAGCAGCACGCUUUGCCUUCACUACCUCACUAAUUGGUUACAUCCUUUCCCUCUUCUUCUUCACGAUGAGCUGUGAGAAUGCUAUGGUUGCCGGGGUGACGCGCCCAUACAGCAGUGAGGCGAGUGAGGCCUAUGACACACGGUCAGUCUUUGAGAGCUGUAACCUGGGAUGUUCGUGUUCGGACAGUGAGUGGGACCCGGUGUGUGGAGACACUGGCGUCACAUAUGUUUCCGCCUGUCUGGCCGGCUGCACCAGCUCCAUGGGCACAGGGAAAGAUACAAUAUUCUCAAACUGCAGCUGUGUUGGACCGUCCAGUAACUCCACCGCCAGCGCUGGUCCGUGCAUUGAUAAAGACGACUGCGACCGCAUGUUCCCAUAUUUCCUGGCUCUUUCCGUCAUCACGUCCUUCAUCAUCUCACUGGGCGGCACACCGGGCUACAUGCUGCUCAUCAGGUGCAUUAAACCUCAGCUGAAGUCCCUGGCUUUGGGUUUCCAUGCUAUGGCAACUCGAACACUUGCAGGAAUACCAGCCCCCAUUUACUUUGGAGCCAUUAUUGAUAAAACAUGUCUGAAAUGGGGCCAGAAGAGGUGUGGAGGGAUAGGAGCGUGUCGAAUCUAUAAUACCACAGCAUACAGGAUAGCAUACCUGGGCCUGACCCUAGCUCUGCGGACGGUCUCCUUUGUCAUCUGCAUCCCUGGCUUCAUUCUGCUGAGCCGGCAGCUGAAGCAGGAGGAGAGAAACGCCCUCCACCACGCCGCCACCAACGGCGGGGCCGAGCUGGAGGCGCUGAGGAAGGGGGAAGCGGUCAGUUCCAGCUCAGAGCAGCGGAUAUCAGUCAACGGGACGGACCGAGAGACGCGGCUGUGA